AUGGCAGUAACUAACGAGCAGUUCCUUGCGGAGCUGAGAAAGCUCUUCGAGCAGAGCACCUCGAAUCACUCGGUCUACAUUACCUCGAAAAAGGCACCAGCAUCAGCAGCAAGAGAUGACGACGUUGACAUGACACCCUCAUCUUCGUCUGGCCUCUCGGAUGCUAUUCUUUUCAGGGCUACCAACGGUGUCUCGGGGAGCGGCAAGGUCAAGAUCAGCACCUUAGUCGCCGCUAGCAAACUUGCAUCUUUCCAGAGCGCAUACCUGCCAUUGUUAAGAACGCAACUUUCAGCUGGACUCAAGAAGCGUGACAAGGCUAAGGAGAGGAAGAUGGACAAGGCAAGGGAGCAGAGCCGAAAGAAGCUCGUGCAAGUGGUGGAUGGCAAGGAGAAGGUCAUCACCAACAAGAUUGGCAGUAAGCGAGGGGCAGGUCGACGUAAAAGACAACGUGCACUCAAGAAGGGCCUUGCACUACGCAAAGAGAAGGCGAAAGAGGCGAAGCGAAAGCUUCAAUCGGCCAAAGCAGCAUGA